CAUGGCUUCCUGCGGAUUUAGCAGCAUCGUUUCUUGUCUCGUCUUGAUCUGUUUCCGUUACCUUGCGACACAAGCAACAGAUCCUGCUUAUAUUCUGCACUUCUGUCCCCAAGUCAUCAAUUUCACAAGUACAAAUACCUACGAAUCAAACCUAAUAACACUUCUCUCCAACCUUUCCUCCUCCAUCAACUCCUCCUACGCCAACGGAUUCCGAACCUCGGAAUCUGGCCGCGGUCCCGACAUUGUGUAUGGCGUCUUCCUCUGUCGUGGCGACAUGUCGAUGGAUAACUGCAGAAACUGCGUCAGAUUCGCCGCCAAAGACAUUCUCGAUCGAUGCGAUGCUCGGAAAGAAGCAAUCGUGUGGUACGAUGAGUGUAUGCUACACUAUUCCAAUGUCAACUUCUUCGGUUCGGGAGAAACAUGGCCGGCAAUGCCCUAUUGGAACCCUAACAGCAGCAACAAUCCGAACAACAUGGAUUUCGGGUCCAUCGGUUUGAUUUACACGCUGAUCGACAGGGCGCAGCGUUCCGAUAAACUGUAUGCAGCCGAUCAAUUAGAAAACGCCUCGAUCGAAAGAUAUGGAAUGGUUCAAUGCACUAGAGACAUAGAUGCCAACGCUUGCGGUACUUGUCUGAAUAAUCUGACGAAUCGUAUCGGCGAUUGCUGCAAAGGGAAGGUCGGAUGGCGGGUUUUGGGCGCCAGCUGCUAUCUAAGAUAUGAAAAGUAUCCGUUCUUCAACGGAACCUUUGUAAAGACACAAGGAACAGUCACAGGAGCUACAGGAAAGGGAAAAGUUAGGACCACCGCCGUGUUCGCCACUGUACCAGCAGUGGUGCUCACAUUUCUCAUCGGUCUCUGCUGCUAUUUCUCGUAUCGCCGGAGAAGAGUGAGAAAAGACGCAAUGUCGAGCGGGGAAAUCAAAGGAAAAACGCAUGGUCCUCUGCUUGAUGGAGGCAUAAUGGAUUCGGAGAACAGUAACAAUGAUCAAGGGAUGAAUUACGUGAGUCUACAAACUGUAAUAGCUGCAACAAACGGUUUCUCUGAUGACAACAAGUUAGGAGAAGGAGGUUUCGGGCCCGUUUACAAGGGAAAACUACCGAGCGGAAUGGAUGUUGCGAUCAAGAGGCUGUCGAGAAAGUCGAGUCAGGGUCUUACAGAGUUCAAGAACGAAUUGAUAUUGAUCAUUAAGCUUCAACACAAAAACCUGGUUAGGCUUUUGGGAUACUGCAUGGAAGGAGAUGAGAAGCUUCUGAUAUAUGAGUUUAUGCCGAAUAAGAGCCUCGACGCUUUUCUUUUCGACAGUCAUAAAUGUAAAGAGUUAGACUGGGAGAAGCGUAUGAAGAUAGUACACGGUACGACAAAAGGGCUCCAAUAUCUGCACGAAGACUCGCGCCUCAAAAUCAUCCAUCGUGAUCUAAAAGCAGGUAACAUUCUUCUGGACGAUGAGAUGAAUCCUAAGAUAUCAGAUUUCGGAACUGCUCGGAUCUUCCAAUGCAAACAAGUUGAAGAUAGCACCGACAGAAUCGUGGGUACAUUUGGGUAUAGGUCACCGGAGUAUGCAUUAGGGGGAAUGAUUUCAGAAAAAUUGGAUAUCUACAGCUUCGGAGUUCUCAUGUUAGAGAUCAUAUCAGGCAAGAAAGUAACUCGGUUUUUUCACAAGGGUAAAAAACAUAGCUUAGUUUCUUACGCAUGGGAAUGUUGGAUCGAGACGGAGGGACUAAACCUCGUCGACGAAGCAUUGGAGGGUUCAUAUUCUCCGACAGAAGUAACGAGAUGCGUUCACGUCGCUUUGCUUUGUACUCAGGACAACCCUACGGAGAGGCCGGCCAUUUCGCAGAUCGCAUACAUGCUGAGCAACGACAAGGAGUUACCGCAACCGAAACAACCGAUGUUCACGUACUGCAACGCUUUGAGAAAUGAUCAGCACUCGACGUCUGAAGAUGUGUACUCGAUAAACGAAGCGACACUAACAGCGAUCCAAGGAAGAUAAAGAGUUUUUUUUUUCUUCUAUCAAUCUCUGUUACAUGAUCAUCCAUUGAUUAGGCAAAAUCUGUGUGCCGCACCCGAACAUUAUGAGAGGUGAUCGAGAAUACGUUUUACAUUUCAUGGAGCUGUGGACAACAUCGUGUAUUUGGUUUUGUUCUCGAGGUGUAUCACUGUCUCAAGUGGGGCAUUCUUAACA